AUGUGGACUGGAUUGGUGGUUUUCGUGGGAAUUAUGGCGACUAGUGUUGACGCUAUGAAGACACCGAGCAUUCUCUGCAUUAUCCAUACCAGCAAAGGCUCACAUAAGACGAGGGUAAGCGUUGCGAGUGGGAUCUGGUGUAAAUAAGUCUACUACAAUAUAAUUCUGAUAUCUAGAGGUAUUAAGGCGCUGAAGGUUUAAGAAAUUAGAUCUUAGAAUUCUCAGAGCAUGCCUUUUUUCACACAUAGGUUUUAUUUUGCAUAAAUUUAUAGGGUUUCCUUGAAAAUCAUUGUUUUCGUGGCGGGACUCGAGAAAUGAGUCGAUUUUUUCUUUUGAACAAAACCUAAUUUAUAGUACAGUGGGGGCCUGAUCCAGUGGCAAAAAACGUACCAUUUUUGCAUCUAGGAAGUGUCAUAAAAUGUGGCAAAAUACCUCCAUCUCCAAGUGAAAAAACUCGGAUUUCAAAAGGCGUCCGCUUUUUUAAUGAGGGAGCCCUUCAAAACGAAGUUUUUUUCACUUGGAUGGAGAAGCAUUUUGCCACAUUUUUGAUACUCCUGAUGCGAAAUGGUACGUUUUUGCCAAUGGAUAAGGUCCCCCACUGUAGCUUUCAUUUUGCAUAAGUCUUUAGGCCUUCUUCACAGGGGACUCGGAUUUACUUAUAAGUAAAAUUUUUUACUUAUAUUUACCAAUAACUUACAUAUAAGUUAAAAAAGGCGGGGCUUAUUUAUUUUUACUUAUAUUUACGUUUAUUUACUUAUAUUUACAAAUAGCGGUACUUAUAUGUAAAAAACGGCGGAGCUCGUUUAUUUUUACUUAUAUGUACAUAUAUGAGCCUCGAAAAGAAAACUUUUGAGCGUCAAAGACGCUUUUUGGUUUCUGCACGCGUUGGCCGGACUUAGAAAAAUUCUAAGUUUUUGGAGCGUCAAAGAACGUAUCUCAGCCUUGGAUCGAAUAAAGUAAGUUGCUUGUAGUCAGUUUUUUUUUUCUUUUACAGGGUAACAGAGUGCUCGGAUCAAAAUUUGUGAACGCGAGAACCUUCCCGAGCAUGGAGCAUGUUAACGUCAAACUUCACGCAGUUCCCAAAAAUCUAUGAACAAGCACUAUGAGGAAAGAAUUUGGAUGAACAACUGUGUGCUCAAACUUGGUAGGUGUUUUUUAACUGUUUUCACAUUUCAUAAAACCAAAUAUUUUUCCAGAGAUAGUUUUGCUAUGUUGUACUAGGUCCAGGUGAAGCCUCUAGGUUUCAGAUUAUCGAAAAAUUGGCCGUGGAGGGUAGUAAAUGGACAAUGUACACACGAUCCCGGAAAAAUGGCACUCGGAUGAUUCAGGUAUGUUGAGAAUAUUCACCUGGACCUAGUGCAACAUGACAAACUUGGUGUCUCGAAAUUUCAUUGGCAAACUUGGUGAACCUAAAACUAAUUUUUUCGGGGUGCAGAAGCACAAACAAUUGAGAAGAGCUUAUAGUAAAUAUCGUCAAACGACCUUAUCUUCUUUAUUUUUGCUAUUUUCAGUGAAUCCAGACGCAGAAAUCGCCAUAGAAGAUCCCGAAAAUAAGCAAUUGAUGCCUCAUGAGGACAACAACAGAUGAGAAACCUAUCCGGAGCACUUGUAUUUGUCGUUUUUGAGAAUCGAAAUAAACGUGUAUAAUAUAAUCUGCACUAUGCAUAAUUCUGGGUUACAAAUAAGUAAAAUAUCCUUAUUGGUAAAUAUAAGUAAAAUAUCCUUAUUUGUAAAUAUAAGUAAAUUCGGAGCGCGCCGAAAAUAAAGUUUACAUAUAAGUAAUUUCAGAAUUACUUAUAUGUACGAUUAUUUACUUAUAUGUACGUUUAUUUACUUAUAUAAACUUCAAUUUCAUAUAAGUAAAAAAGGCGUACAUAUAAGUAAAUCCGAGUUCCCUGUGUUUAAAAAUCGCUAUUUCCGUGGCGGGACUCGAGAAAUUUGCCGAUUUUUUCUUUUGAACAAAAAAUUAUUCAAAUACGAUAAUAUCUUAUCCUCUAGUGCAUAUUAGAGUCGCUAUUUUUGAUGAUAUUUGACACCAAAUACUGACCCACUCUUUUAAGCUGGCUGUUAUUCUGGACACUUGGGCCAAGAAGUGUGAUGACGUCCUCGUCUUCACAGAUGCACCCCUCGAAUACGACGUCCCUCACGUCUACUUCCCCAUGAUGAACACUCGUGAUCACUCAUGGGAGAAGAUCCGCAGGGUAUUCCGCUUCGCUUUUGAGGACAUGGAAAAGAAAUACGAUUGGUAUCUGAGAGCCGAUGAUGACGCGUAUGUGUUGGUGGAUAAUGCUCGAACCUUGGUGAAAGAGCACGAUCCCGAGAAGCCGGCAGUGUUGGGAUAUCGAUGGGGAUUCUUUGAGGUGGGUGCUGGUAGUAGUGGAAGUUAAUUUCAGAGAUUUUUUGGGAGAAAAAUGAAACUUUUUGAGGGUUGGAAAUAAUUUUUUUCGUAUAAAAUAUGGUUAGUUUUACAAGGGAAGUCACUUAAAUCACGGAUCGAUUUUUAAAAACGACUGUUACAGCGAUGGGGAGGGUAGGACGGAGAUAUCAAGUCUGAAAACCGCUACCUCCACCGGCCUCUGGGAGCCGAGAUAAUCGACCAAAAAGUUUGACCAAAUUCCUCCGAACAUUUCUUCCUUCCGAAAGAAAAGAAUCCAGCGAACCGAAUGGUCCGGUGGUCUGGAAGCGCGCUUCCGGGCCUUCACCUUUUCAGGUUCGAAUCCGAGCGGGUCUCGAACUUGUGAAAAAUUUAUAAAACAGUUGCUGUGAUCCAGUAAAUUUACUAGCAAUUUAUUUUUAUAUUUCAUGCCUAUUUUACGGUAAAUUUUCAACCUUGAAAAUUAAAAUCGUUUGGAACUCGAAUUCAAAUUAUUACUCUGAAAUUUUAUCGUAAAAUAUGCAAAAAAUCAAAAUUUUUGUCUUACCGGUAAAUUUACUGGAUUACAGGAAAAGUUUAAUAAACUAUGUGACCCAUGCGGAUUCGAACCUGAAAAGAUCAAGGCCCGGAAGCGCGCUUCCAGACCACCGGACCAUUCGGUUCUCUUCCCUUCUUCUUUCGGAAGAGAGGACUAUUCGGAGCAACUUUUUUUGGUCAAACCUUUUUGGUCGAUUAUCUCGGCUCCCAGAGGCCGGUGGAGGUAGCGGUUUUCAGAUUUGAUACUAGUGGCGACAUAAAGUCCUGACACAUUUUGUCGCGGGUGUCGCGCGAGAAAAGUGGCAAGUUCGCGCGAAAGUGCAUGUCGCUAGUGCAAAAAAGGGGAAUUGCCGCGACGGGUCCGAAAGAAAAACAAAAUGCACUGUGCAAAUGUGUCAGGACUUUAUGUCGCGACUAGUAUCUCCGUCUUUCCCUCCCCAUCGCUGUAACAGUCGUUUUGAAAAAUCGAUCCGUGACUUAAGUGACUUCCCUUGUUAGUCUUGAUACAGAUCUGUGAACUCCAUUUUGCUCACGUUCAAAAAAUUUCUUACAGUGGGGGGACUUGAUCUAUCUAAUCUAUUGGCCAAAAACGUACCAUUUUGCAUCCGGGAGGUAUCAAAAAUGUGGCAAAAUACCUCCUUCUCCAAGUGAAAAAACUCCGAUUUCAAAAGCUCGCCCGCUUUUUUUGUGAGAGAAAGUUCAAAACGGAGUUUUUGUGGUUUGAGAUGGAGGCAUUUUGCCACAUUUUUGAUACCUCCCGGAUGCAAAAUGGUACGUUUUUUGCCACUUCGAUGUAGUUUUAAGCCGAUUUUUUGAGAGAAAAACAUAAUUCUUUUUUGAUUUUUAUUAUCGCUUUCAGCCUCGAGGUUAUGUUGAUGGCGGGGUUUACAUCGUAAGCCGAGCAGGAAUGAAAGUGUUCAACGAUAUCAUGAAGAACGACACUAUUUGUCCCGACUUCCAUCGAGCCGAAGAGGAUCAAGAGGUAGGUUUUUGAAGGAUAGUUAUUGUAGGAAGUCGGGUCAGGAAUGUUGUUUGUUGGUCUGAAAAGAAGUAUUUGUAUUUUUGACAUCAAAACUAUAAUAAGUAUUUACAUCAUAAAAACCCUUGUUUAAAAGAUUAGAAGCUUGGACACCUUUUGAUCUUUUUGGAUCACAUUUGAGGAUUUUUGAUACUUUUGGUUUUCAACGAUGUACUUGUGGCCAAGGAGGUCUUAGAAACGUUUUUUUAUAAUUCCAGUUGGUUUUUUUGAUUUUUUUCUUACAAGGAAAGUACUUCUAUGGGGUGUGGAGUUACAGGUCGAGAUAUAUAUCAAAAAAUUCGCAAAAAUUUUCUGAUUCAGAAUAUAUAAAAAUUAGCUGCCUAAUUUUGGUUUAUCAGCGAGUUUUAUCAAUAAACGUUUUUCUCGAGGAAAAAAAUUUCCGGCAACAAAAGCGCGCUCGGUCUCUUCCUUCGGAAGAGAGAGGUGUGGCCGAGUGGAUAGAGCGCUGGAUUGGAAAUCCGAGGGAAAGGGGUUCGAUUCUUUUUGCCACACAGAACCCAUUUUUUACAUUGGAACUACCUUUAAGGUGUAGUUGUAAUCUAAUUUGAUAUUUUAAGGCUUUUCACGGCCUCAGAAUUUAGUUUAGCACAAAACAAAAUUUUUUUAUUGUUAAAAACACGGUCAAAAAGACACUUGCAUGGUGUCGCGAGAAAACUUCUGAGGACAAAAACAUGUCAUCAGACCAAAAUUAGGCAGCUAAUUUUUAUAUAUUCUGAAUCAGAAAAUUUUUGCGAAUUUUUUGAUAUAUAUCUCGACCUGUAACUCCACACCCCAUAGAAGUACUUUCCUUGUUAAAGUUACAUUUAUCGUCAAAUAAUACAUGUGUAAUGUCCACUACGUAUACAAUAUUACCCCGAUUUUAGCCGAAAACCCGUUGGGAUGAUAUAUCCUUUCGCACGUCAAUCCAAGAUAGAAGAAAAAAUUUCCCGCCCCUUUUUGGUGAUUCGUUCAAAACGAAAUGAUAAAAAGCAUUUUCUUAUCUUUCUUCUUCCUUUUCGAGAAAAAGCAAUUAUUUCGGGCAAGAAAAAGUGCCGAUAAUUUCGCGACAUUUCGUCUCUCAUUUAAAUCAAUGAAAACGAUACGAAGUUUCGAAACGGUUCAGGAAAUGCGCUGGAUUGACGUGUUUCGUCCAUUCAUUGAUUCAAAUAGCUUUUUUUGCUGCCUGAAUUUUAGUGUACUACCGAAAAAACGGCUGAAAAAGUAGUAGGAAGUCUGCGUUUCUAAUUGCUUUUCCUUCCGUUGACUUGCGAGGUCCCAAACUUAUAUUAGUGAAAUAGCUCAAGUUGGUCAACCACUUACAGUUGACGGACCUGAUCCAGUGACAACACACGUACCAUUUUGCAUCCGGGAAGUAUCAAAAAAUGUGGCAAAAUGCCUCCCUUUCCUACUGAAAAAAUUCCGUUUUGAACCAGGCAAAAUGGUACGUAUUUUGCCACUGGAUCAGGUCCCCCACCGUACCUGAAUUCGCGCAAAACUUGUUCAAAUUACAAUUAUUUAUACUUUAUUUUUAUUGAUAUUAAAUCUACAACAUAGUUUUAAAUGUCAUGGAUAAUAUAAAAAGUCAUCAAAACAUGCCAAAAUAUUUGAACAGGUUGAAAAAUUAACAUCUAAAAUUUUCAGAUCUCCCGUUGCCUCGCCAAGGUCGGGGUUUAUCCGGUGGAUACGAGGGAUAAAUUGGGCAGAGAGCGGUUCCAUCACUUCCAUAUUGACGAAUUCAAAAGCAAAUAUUUGGUCGAAUUUAUUAAGCAGAACUCAUUUUACGGGUAUAAGAAGGUGAGUUUGGCUUGUAAUUAUUAUUUAUAAAAACUUUAAUUACGUAUUUUACAUUGUAAAAACUUUUUUUGCUGCAUUUUUAUCAUCGUAUUUUGCAUUUCUUUGAUCGGUAUUUCAUUUUUUCUAAAUUAUAAAAUUAUUUUUUAUUUUUCCAUUUUUGAAAAAAUACGAAAAAUUAUACAUGCGUAUUUUACAAAUUGCAAAUCCGCUUUUUUACAGUUCCCCGAGGCCAUCAGCGACACCACCGUCUCCUUCCACCACCUCACUCCCUACGAAAUGAAGGUAAUGGACUACUUGUUGAACCAGUUGGAGAGGAAGAGGGGGAAGCUGGACGCGUCUGUGCUCACCUCGGGCCGCUCCAUCUUCUCAUUCCUUUCGUGA